AGUGUUUACGCGCGCUCCCGGAACUCCCACGAGACCGGCGCGCGCUCCCGCUGUCGUCUGUGCGCGUGAGGGGGCAGCUGUGCGCACGGACACGAGCCCGGACGUGCAGUGACCGUCUUCAAUAAAACGCGGCUCGGGUCACGGUUUUUACGCGGAACUUUGCGCUUUUUACGCACGGGUCCGUCCCUGGAGCGGCUGGAGAGACGCACGGCGCGCACAGCGGGGGUCCAGCCGGAGAUGAGCCCGUCGUGAGGAGCGGGGGGAUCACGGAGGAGUUUGGAAGAGCAUUCAGCGGGGGGAUCUGGAGGAAGUUUGGCCGCUCAGGAUGUCCGCGGACCGGGUGGAUUACAUCGCGCCGUGGUGGACUUACUGGCUCCAUAAUUUCCCCCACAUCAACCUGAGACUGCAGCCGGCGGACAGCUCCUUCCAGCCGCAGAACGAGGAGUACCAGCAGACCCUGGCGUUCUUCGCGUGUGUGGCGGCGGCGUGUCUGGGCGUGAACCUGCUGCUGUUGGCCGUGUACCUGGGUUGUCUGUGCUGCCGCGGCGACGACCGCGACGACCACGACGACAAGAAGACGAAGAGCUGCUGCGUCACGUGGUCGGCCGUCGCCGCCGGACUCCUGACCUGUGUUGCCGUAGGCGUUGGUUUCUACGGUAACAGUGAGACGAACGACGGCGUGUAUCAGGUGACCUACUCCAUGUACAACGCCAACGCCACGCUGGGCGGAGUCCAGAGUCUGGUGACGGGCACCAUGGCGUCUCUGCGCUCGGGUCUGCAGCAGCAUCUGGAGCGUCUGGACGAGAUCUUCUCCACCAGAGGAGACUUCGUACAGUCGCUCAGGUUCUUGCAGCAGAUGACGGACUCUGUGGUGCGUCAGCUCUUGGGGCUUCCAGACUGGGCCCGGGCCGAGAUGGACCUGAGUGACCUGGCACAGCGAGCAGCACGAGUCGAGUACUACAGGUGGCUGAGUUACCUGCUCCUCCUGAUCCUGGAUUUGGUCAUUUGUCUUCUGGCGUGUUUAGGUUUGGCCAAACAGUCUCGCUGGCUCCUCACCACGAUGAUGGUGUGUGGAGUUCUGGCCCUGAUCCUGAGCUGGGCGUCUCUCGGAGCAGAACUGGCAACGGCUGUGGGCACGAGUGACUUCUGCGUGGCCCCGGACAGGUUCCUCAUGAGCCAGACUCAGGGCAUCGUUGGAGGUGAUAUCGUCCACUAUUACCUGUACUGCAACCAGACGCUGAACAACCCCUUCCAACAGCCGCUGGCGAUUUUCCAGAGGUCCAUGACCACGAUGCAGAUCCAGAUCCAGGCCCUGCUCCAGUUCGCCGUGCCCCUGUUUCCCACCGCAGAGAGAGAUCUUCUGGGGAUCCAGAAAGUCCUGAACUCGUCUGAGUCGAGUCUGCACCAGCUCACGGCUCUGCUGGACUGUCGAGGACUCAACAAGGACUACGUGGACUCGAUGUUUGGUGUGUGUUAUGACGGUGUGGAAGGCGUCUUGUACCUGUGUUUGUUUUCUCUGCUCUCGGCCGUCGCCUUCACCCUCAUGUUGUGUUCGGUGCCUCGGGCCUGGAGACAGAUCGCUGCCCGAGAGCGAGAUUACGGCGACAUCGAUGAGGAGGAUCCGUUUAACCCCAGAGCUCGAAGGACGAACUCCCAAACCCCCAACACAAACCUGCAGAGUCUGUGCAGCUACAGCAGCAGCCUGGGCAGCCAGAGCAGCGUCCACCGCCCCCCGGCCACCGCGACCACCACUGCAGCGCCUCUGGGAGAAUAUAUGUGA